AUGGUUUCCGAUGUUUCCGAACCAUCAGAUACCACACCAGAAGUGGUUGUUCAGCAACAGCCACAACCAAAAACUUUGACACAUUUGAUAUCGGGAGCAUCUGCUGGAUUGAUAUCUGCCAUUUCGUUACAACCAUUUGAUUUGUUAAAGACGAGACUACAACAGCAACAGAGGUCUAAUAUAAAGUAUAGGACAACGAUAUCUAAAGAAUUGAAAAAAUUGACCCAUAUUAGGGACUUGUGGAGGGGUGCAUUGCCUUCUACCUUGAGGACAUCAGUUGGAGCAGGUCUUUACUUUACCAUAUUAUCAUCCGCUAGAAAUGGAAUAUCAGACUAUAAGAGAAGUUCGGAUAGUGUAUCAGAUACAAGUAUAUUGCCCAAAUUGUCGCCAUUCGAAAAUUUGGCUACUGGGUUUAUUGUUAGAGCAGUAGUAGGUAUUAUUACUAUGCCGAUAACAAUAGUUAAGACAAGAUACGAAUCCAACAUAUACAACUAUAAUUCUAUGUACGAGGGUUUUGAAAAUAUUUAUCUAGAUGGUAACCAAAAAGGCCAAGGCUCGUUGAAAAAUUUCUUUAAAGGAUCAUUCGCUACCUUAGCCAGGGAUUGUCCGUAUGCUGGUAUGUAUGUUUUAUUCUACGAAUUGUUUAAAAAUGAUAUCUUGACGAAGGUAGUGCCUCCGAUUGAUGAAACCGAAAAUGGUCCGAUUACAAGGUCAACUAUUAUAAAUACCAGUGCUGCGAUAUUGGCAGCUUCUGUAUCUACUACCAUUACCGCUCCGUUUGAUGCCAUAAAAACAAGACUUCAAUUAUCUUCUAUAGUGGCUUCUAAAAAGAUGACAUUGUGGUCUGCUACUAAAGAUUUAAUGAGAGAGGACGGUGGUGUCAAGAACCUAUUUAGAGGCUUGUCGUUAAGAUUUGGAAGAAAGGGUUUAUCUUCCGGUAUAAGUUGGUGCAUUUAUGAAGAAUUGAUUAAAUCUAACUUUGCCCAGGUAAUUAUAACCAAAUCUGACAAAAAGCUUGUAUAA